ACUGACAUGGAAAUCAUCUGACCCGGUGUGGGUCGAGCAGUGGCCCCUGUCGAACCCUUGAAUGGAUGCUCUUCUUGAGCUAGUUGACCGCGAACUACAACGAGGUCAUAUAGAAUCUUCCAUUAGCCCAUGGAACACCCCAGUUUUUGUAAUACCCAAACGAACCGGUGAGGGGUUUCGUCUGCUCCAUGACCUGCGUAGAGUAAACAAGAGAAUUCAACCAAUGGGUCCUGUUCAAACGCUGUUGCCCAUGAACUCUAUGAUACCAGAAGGACAACCUUGUGCUGUCCUUGAUAUUAAGGACUGUUUUUUCUCGAUACCUCUGCAUGAAGAAGACAAGGAGCGGUUUGCUUUUUCUGUCGUGUUUCCAAACAGCCAACACCCUAACCUGCGCUUCCAGUGGAAAGUGCUGCCUCAAGGAAUGAUCAAUUUGCCUACCAUCUGUCAGAUCACAGUGGAUCGGGCGUUAACAUCAGUUCGACACAGUGACCCGACCGCGACUAUCAUUCAAUACAUGGACGACAUUCUGAUUGCCGCGCCAACAGGAAGCCAGGUAGACCAGCUAGUGUCAGCGGUCUCGGAAACCCUGGAAACAAAUGGGUUUGAAAUCGCGAGCGCAAAAAUUAAAAGAGGACCAUGU